AUCUUGUUUUAAACACAAUGGAAGUUAAUAUAAUUUUAGUAAUUCUGUUCUUAAUUCUGGUCAAUUAUCACAAAUUAUCAGUGAAGGCUGAAAUACAUCAAGAUGAUACAGAAUUGACUGUAGAGUUGUUUAAAGGUAUUAAGGAAGUUCCUGAACAGACCACUUUAAAUGUAGACGAUAAUGAAUUAUAUGAUGGCAAAAUAUCCGAAAAGACGGAAAAAGUAGAAGAUAAUCUGGAACUAACACUUGAUAAGGAAGUGCCUCUAGAAGCCGACAGUACUGAAGAUGAUCCGGAGUUAACUGCUGGAUUCUAUGAAGGUGAUAUGGAAGUUGAUUUGACACGUAACGGUGCAGUUGGCGCCGCAAAAAGAUGGCCUAAUGGUGUAGUGCGUUUUAAAAUAGGCCCAGUAUUUGAUGUUAACCACACAUUAUAUAUUCUGGAAGCUAUGAAAACCAUUGAAUCAGUAAGCUGUAUACGUUUCCGUCAUGCUUUGCCUACAACAAAAGCCUAUAUACAAAUUCGCAAAGGUACCGGUUGUAGUGCCUUUGUAGGUUAUACCGGUAAAGCACAAAAUGUUAAUUUACGUGUUGAUCCUCUGGACAAGGGUUGCUUUCGAAAAGGCAGUAUUAUGCAUGAACUAUUGCAUUCUCUAGGUUUUUAUCAUCAACAUAAGGCCUCUGAUCGCGAUAAGUAUAUAAGGAUUGCUUGGAAUAAUAUUUUGGAGGAUAAGAAGCAAUUUUUCAAUAAAUUUGAUGCAAAAUUUGUUACCGAUUUUGGUGUCGGCUAUGAUUAUGAAAGUGUUUUGCAUUAUUCCCUUGGUGCUUUUUCGAAAAAUGGACAAAAUACUAUUAUUCCUUUGAAGGAUACCAAGGGAGUAAAAAUUGGACAACGUCAGUAUUUAACUAAGAAAGAUAUAAGGAAAUUGAAUUUAAUGUAUAAGUGUUAGUGCUGUUUUUUUUUUAAAUAAAGUUUUUGUUUUAUUU